ACCACAGAGAAAGAAGAGUGUAAACCUAUUUUUUACAGUCUAUGGUGUAAACAGAAGGAUAUGGCCGACGAGAGGGGUGGAGGCGACAACAAUAUCAACGACAACAUGGGCAACCAACUACAGCUCUUACCCGGUAAAUGUGUCUUCAAUUUAAUUGCAUUGGUAAACUAGUGUACUGAAGCAUACGUUGGUUAUUGUAAAUGGUAAAGCUUCGUUAUGCACGCCAGAAUCAGUUUUCUAUUCUGCAAAGAAUCGAGGCCACACUCCACUUCAAGUGACAGAGCAUAAUCAACUCACUCAAUCGCUGUCGCAGUGAAGCAAGUUUUUUAUCUUUACGGAUUGAUUGCUUGUUUUAUAAUUUCUAAUAUCUUUCUAAUUACAUAGCUAGCUAGCUAUGGAAUUGUUUCAACAGACUGUAAGUAAACUGUCUAUUUAGCUAGCUAGCUACCAUGUAUGCUAAUGUGAUUUAAUUCCCAGCUGCUAGUCAUGUCAGUCUACUUGGCAUAGAGAUGCAAUAGCUUGACAGAGCUAGGUUUUCUGGUCAGUGUGUGUGUGUGAUCAAAGGUAUUCAUCUUCAUGUCCAACAGGUUAUGCUAUUGUCAACACAAUGACUAAGGGAAAUAUUAGUAGUAUAAUUUUUUUUUAAUGGGGUAAUUUGUAGUGAAAGAGAAAGUACAUAUUUGCUUGUUUAAGUAUGUAUUGCUUGCCACUCACUAUUAUUCUUACAGAAAAUGAAGAGGAAGAGGAGAAUGAGAUGGAGACUGAAGACCGUGACAGUGAGAAUGCAGAAAAACCAAACAUAAACUUUGACCCCAGUCUUCCAACGUCACAUGCUGUGGGUUUUAUAUUUACUUCUACAAAGUAUUGUUGUGCAGCUGUAUCAGUAUUCAGUGUGGGGAUUUCUACACAGUACUUAUUCUUCUUUCCGUAUCUGGGAAAUGCAUCCCUUGUGCCUUUAGUCACUUAGUCUGUAAUUUAUUCAAAUAAGUGGCGCAGUUAGAUUUGCCUACUGAUUCCAGUAGUGUUGUUUCUUCAUGUAUCUGAUAAUGUCUCUCCCUCUAAUCCCGCCCCCCCCCCACUUCCCUCCCAGUACCUGGGCUCAGACAUGGAGGAGUUUCAUGGGCGCACAGUGCACGAUGACGACAGCUGCCAGACCAUCCCAGUGCUGCCGUUCACAGCUGUCAUGCUGAUCCCAGGACAGACCCUGCCGCUGCAGCUCUUUAGACCGCAGGAGGUCAGCAUGAUGCGCAGCAUUAUCCAGAGAGACCGCACCUUUGCUGUUCUCGCACACAGGUAUGGAGGGAGAGAGGAGGAGGACGGGAGAGGGGGAGGGAGUGUGUAUGGGUUCAGCAAGAGUGUGAAUCGUAAUGGGCUGCAUUCCAAUUGACUACCCCUCUCCACAAUGUUUUCUCUUGCUCUUUCUCUGUCAUGUAUUUGAAUGCAUUGGAUUGGUGUGUAUUGCGCUGCGUGUGAGCAUGGCUAGAGUAGAGCACAGAAGGGUGUUGCUAAAUAGAUGUGUGUCUCUGUACCCCCUCCCAGUGAAACAGGUGAGGUGCAGGCAGAGUUUGGGACGACGGCUGAGAUCUAUGCUUACCGGGAGGAGCAGGAGUACGGCAUUGAGACAGUCAAAGUGAAGGCAGUCGGACGGCAGCGGUUCAAGGUCCAUGAGAUUAGAACCCAGGCAGACGGGUGAGUGGAACUAAAUGUUACUGACCAGACCAGAACGGCCUAGAACCUCGUAGAACCUGGGCAUUAUAAUGAGUAAAACAGAUAAUAAGACACAGACCAACAUCUAUCCAAUCUGUCUAUCAGUUGAGCUUCACUCUGAAUUUCAUUAUCAUUCUCAGAUUCAUAAAGGCAUUGUCUUCAUGGCCUUAUAAGUAGAGAUGAUGCAUGAGAAGGAAAUAUUUUGGAAGUGAUACCACAAGUAACCACAAGAUGGAAAACUCACUUUAUUUGUAUCAUCUGAGUGGAAAGGCACAUAAGACACUUCCCUAUAAGGGGUGGACAAUCAUAUAUCCACAGACACUGGUAAACCGAUUGUUUUGUGACCAGCAGUAUAUAGUUACAGCAGUGUUUGUUUCCCAAAUACGUGGAUGUGUCCCACUGGGAGAGUUCUAUUGGAUGCACUCACAGGACAAUUCCAAAAGGAUGGCUAAUAGCAGCCUUUCUUAUUUAAAGUAUGGGUCGGGGGGGUGGGUCUCAACUUCCUGUUGAGAGUUAGAAUAGUAGAAUACACGAGGUGCAAUUUUGAAAUUUGGUUGUGCAUCAGCAAUUUCUCUUGAUAUUUCAGUCACUGACCAGGUUUCCAUCCUGCCUUUUUAUGCAAGUAAAGUACGUCGGAUAAAACAUUUCACGACAGGCCUGAUGGAAACAGCUAAUUUCUCGGUAACCUUUCCAAAAAUCUUGACAAAACAAAAUACAUUAGACAAGGUGGGAUCUUUUUGUGUCUGUAAAAUGUACAGUGGCUUGCAAAAGUAUUCACCCCCCUUGGCAUUUUUACUAUUUUGUUGCCUUACAACCUGGAACGAAAAUAGAUUUUUGGGGGGUUUGUAUCAUUUGUUUUACACAACAUGCCUACCACUUUGAAGAUGCAAAAUAUAUUUUAUUGUGAAACAAACAAGAAAUAAGACAAAUAACAGAACACUUGAGUGUGCGUGAUCUAUUCACCCCCCCCCCCCAAAGUCAAUACUUUGUAGAGCCACCUUUUUCAGCAAUUACAGCUGCAAGUCUCUUGGGGUAUGCCUCUAUAAGCUUGGCACAUCAAGCCACUGGGAUUUUUGCCCAUUCUUCAAGGCAAACUGCUCCAGCUCCUUCAAGUUGGAUGGGUUCCGCUGGUGUACAGCAAUCUUUAGUCAUACCACAGAUUCUCAAUUGGAUUGAGGUCUGGGCUUUGACUAGGCCAUUCCAAGACAUUUACAUUUAAAUUUUAGUCAUUUAGCAGACGCUCUUAUCCAGAGCGACUUACAGUUAGUGAAUGCAUACAUGUUAAAAAAAAAUAAUAAUUCAUACUGGCCCCCCGUGGGAAACAAACUCACAUCCCUGCCGGCCAAACCCUCCCCUACCUUGGACGACGCUGGACCAAUUGUGCGCCGCCCAUGGGUCUUAAAUGUUUCCCCUUAAACCACUCGAGUGUUGCUUUAGCAGUAUGCUCAGGGUCAUUGUCCUGCUGGAAGGUGAACCUCCGUCCCAGUCUCAAAUCCCUGUAUUUAGCGCCAUCCAUCAUUCCUUCAAUUCUGACCAGUUUCCCAGUCCCUGCCGAUGUAAAACAUCCCCACAGCAUGAUGCUGCCACAACCAUGCUUCACUGUGGGGAUGGUGUUCUCGGGAUGAGAGGUGUUGGGUUUGCGCCAGACAUAGCGUUUUCCUUGAUGGCCAAAAAGCUCAAUUUGACCAGAGUACCUUCUUCCAAAUGGUUGGGGAGUCUCCCACAUGCCUUUUGGCGAACACCAAAUGUGUUUGCUUCUUUUUUUGUUCUUUAAGCAAUGGCUUAAAGGCCACUCUUCCGUAAAGCCCAGCUCUGUGGAGUGUACGGCUUAAAGUGGUCCUAUGGACAGAUACGCCAAUCUCUGCUGUGGAGCUAUUUAUUUUUUAGUAUGUUUUGAAACAAGUAAUUUUUUUCACUUCACCAAUUUUUACUAUUUUGUGUAUGUCCAUUACAUGAAAUCCAAAUAAAAAUCCAUUUAAAUUACAGGUUGUAAUGCAACAAAAUAGGAAAAACGCCAAGGGGGUGAAUACUUUUGCAAGGCACUGUAUUAUGUGAGAAAUGGCAGUGGAAAUGCUUUUAUGCUUAUAUAUACUCAACAAAAAUAUACUGAACAAAAAUAUAAACGCAACAUGUAAAGUCUUGGUCCCAUGUUUCAUGAGCUGAAAUAGAAUAUCCCAGAAAUUGUUCAUACGCUCAAAAAGCUAAUUUCUCUCAUUUUGUGCACAAGUUUGUUUACAUCCCUGUUAGUGAGCAUAUCUCCUUUGCCAAGAUAAUGCAUCCACCUGACAAGUGUGGCAUAUCAAGAAGCUGAUUUAAACAGCAUGAUCAUUACACAGGUGCACCUUGUGCUGGGGCCACUCUAAAAUGUGCAGUUUUGUCACAACACAAUGUCAAGUUUAGAGGGAGUGCGCAAUUGGCAUGCUGACUGCAGGAAUGUCCACCAGAGCUGUUGCCAGAUAAUUUAAUUUUAAUUUGUCUACCAUAAGCCGCCUCCAACAUUGAAUUUGGCGAUACGUCCAACCGGCCUCACAACUGAGACCACGUGUAACCACGCCAGCCCUCCACAUCCGGCUUCUUCACCUACGGUAUCAUCUGAGACCAUCCACCCAGACAGCUGAUGAAACUGAGGAGUAUUUCUGUCUGUAAUAAAGCCCUUUUGUGGGGAAAACCCCAUUCUGAUUGGCUGGGCCAGCUCCCCAGUGGGUGGGCCUGCCUCCCAAGUGGGUGGGCCUAUAACCUCCCAGGCCCACCCAUGGCUGCGCCCCUGCCCAGUCGUGAAAUCCAUAGAUUAGGGCCUAAUUUAUUUAUUUCAAAUGACUGAUUUCUUUAUAUGAACUGUAACUCAGUAAAAUUAUUUAAAUUGUUGCAUGUUGUGUUUUAUAUUUUUGGUCAGUAUAAUAAUCAUCAUUUUGAAGUAAACUUGGCGUCACCUGAUUUUUAAAAUGUUGUGGUCCUCCUACUACGACUUGGGAAAGCAGUUUAUUCGGCUACAGAUUAAAUAAAUUAUGAUGAACUUCACAGGGUGGUGAAAGUGCAAGGUGAUGAGCUUGAUGCUCCUUUCCAGUAAAUAUCAAGGGUCUUAUUCUGGUGACAUGAUGAUCGAUGCUUGGCUGCCAUUUGACAAAUAAACAUUCUCACACUUUUAAUAAUCCAUAAUAAUAUAAUCAUGUCGACUAUACCCACACUGUUUCUGCAAGCUGUUGGCUAGAGAGCACGUGCCAAUACCAGAGUGGGCACAUUCGCUAUAUAACGCUACAUUUAUUGUGACACCCCACAGGGUGUAUGCAUGAAAAAUGUAUGCACUCACUAAUUGUAAGUCGCUCUUGAUAAGAGCGUCUGCUAAAUGACAAAAAUGUAAAUGUAAAUGACAAAACCAUCAGUAGAGUUGAAAAUGUGAUGGAAAUCCAUUUAACUUGUAUUUGUUAUUCAGUACAUGGGAAUUUAACCGCAAAAGUUAUUUUUAUGUGCACUACGUCGUCACGCACAGCCUUAUCUGCAACAAGCCAAUUUUAUCGAAACACAUCUCUGGAGGAGAUUGUUUUUAUGCAGAUUUUUGAAUAUUCCCAUGAAAAUCUGUCACCAAUUGGAUGGAAACCAAGCUAGUGCCAGUCACUCAAUUAGCCAGCGAACAAUUUUUAGAUUGGUAAAUUAGUCUAGCCAGCUAUUUAAACUUGUAGUAAUCAUGGCCGAAUACCAACCGGGCACGCAGGGCACCUCCAGGGGGCCUCCAUUGAUUUUGUUAGUCACGCUCACUCAGAUGUCAUAUUAACAUGGCAUAAGUCAUGGCAAAAUGGGUAGAAUUGCAGUGUAUUAUCUGUAAAACUGAAAAAAAAAUAUAUCUUGCCUGUGGCAAAAUGAGUAGCAUUACAGGAAAUUAACUUUAAAACUUUAAUUUAUCUCUCCGACUUCAAUACUUUUUCCCACAAGGUGGUGGUGCCCCCACACCAAAUCUCGCUUAGGGCUCCCAAAAGGGGGCAUGUUUUCAUGAGCUUGAUCCCAGGAAAACACUGAAUUUCUGAUUUGGAUCCCAGGCUGAAAAAGUUUAAGAACCCCUGGCUUAUAGCACUGAGCUACAGUUUAAACGGUGGUGUUGUUAUGUGACACAGUUUACUGAUAGUUUUAUCUGAAUUUUAACUGAGGAACUUUUUAAUUUAGUAACAUUUUUGCUGCAACUAAAGUUUCUGCAGAUCGGGAAGGUGCGGACAUUUCAGUUUCUCCAUUGAAUAGUUAUAUAGGUCACACAGUUCAGUUCAUAUUACGUUCCAACAUACAGUGGGGAAAAAAAGUAUUUAGUCAGCCACCAAUUGGGCCUGUAAUUUUCAUCAUAGGUACACGUCAACUAUGACAGACAAAUUGAGGAAAAUAAAUCCAGAAAAUCACAUUGUAGGAUUUUUAAUGAAUUUAUUUGCAAAUUAUGGUGGAAAAUAAGUAUUUGGUCACCUACAAACAAGCAAGAUUUCUGGCUCUCACAGACCUGUAACUUCUUCUUUAAGAGGCUCCUCUGUCCUCCACUCGUUACCUGUAUUAAUGGCACCUGUUUGAACUUGUUAUUAGUAUAAAAGACACCUGUCCACAACCUCAAACAGUCACACUCCAAACUCCACUAUGGCCAAGACCAAAGAGCUGUCAAAGGACACCAGAAACAAAAUUGUAGACCUGCACCAGGCUGGGAAGACUGAAUCUGCAAUAGGUAAGCAGCUUGGUUUGAAGAAAUCAACUGUGGGAGCAAUUAUUAGGAAAUGGAAGACAUACAAGACCACUGAUAAUCUCCCUCGAUCUGGGGCUCCACGCAAGAUCUCACCCCGUGGGGUCAAAAUGAUCACAAGAACGGUGAGCAAAAAUCCCAGAACCACACGGGGGACCUAGUGAAUGACCUGCAGAGAGCUGGGACCAAAGUAACAAAGCCUACCAUCAGUAACACACUACGCCGCCAGGGACUCAAAUCCUGCAGUGCCAGACGUGUCCCCCUGCUUAAGCCAGUACAUGUCCAGGCCCGUCUGAAGUUUGCUAGAGUGCAUUUGGAUGAUCCAGAAGAGGACUGGGAGAAUGUCAUAUGGUCAGAUGAAACCAAAAUAGAACUUUUUGGUAAAAACUCAACUCGUCGUGUUUGGAGGACAAAGAAUGCUGAGUUGCAUCCAAAGCACACCAUACCUACUGUGAAGAAUGGGGGUGGAAACAUCAUGCUUUGGGGCUGUUUUUCUGCAAAGGGACCAGGACGACUGAUCCGUGUAAAGGAAAGAAUGAAUGGGGCCAUGUAUCGUGAGAUUUUGAGUGAAAACCUCCUUCCAUCAGCAAGGGCAUUGAAGAUGAAACGUGGCUGGGUCUUUCAGCAUGACAAUGAUCCCAAACACACCGCCCGGGCAACGAAGGAGUGGCUUCGUAAGAAGCAUUUCAAGGUCCUGUAGUGGCCUAGCCAGUCUCCAGAUCUCAACCCCAUAGAAAAUCUUUGGAGGGAGUUGAAAGUCCGUGUUGCCCAGCGACAGCCCCAAAACAUCACUGCUCUAGAGGAGAUCUGCAUGGAGGAAUGGGCCAAAAUACCAGCAACAGUGUGUGAAAACCUUGUGAAGACUUACAGAAAAUGUUUGACCUGUUUCAUUGCCAACAAAGGGUAUAUAACAAAGUAUUGAGAAACUUUUGUUAUUGACCAAAUACUUAUUUUCCACCAUAAUUUGCAAAUAAAUUCAUUAAAAAUCCUACAAUGUGAUUUUCAGGAUUCUUUUUCUUCUCAUUUUGUCUGUCAUAGUUGACGUGUACCUAUGAUGAAAAUUACAGGCCUCUCUCAUCUUUUUAAGUGGGAGAACUUGCACAAUUGGUGGCUGACUAAAUACUUUUCCCCCCCACUGUAUAUGAGACAUAGAGGCUGUAUGACAACCGGCUGUGAUUGGGAGUCCCAUAGGGCGGCGCACAAUUGGCCCAGCGUCGUCCGGGUUUGGCCAAUGUAGGCCGUCAUUGUAAAUAAGAAUUUGUUCUUAACUGACUUGCCUAGUUAAAUAAAGGUAAAAUAAAAAAAGAGGAAGAACAGGCUGCUGCACCUGGUUAUUAUAGGAGUCAACCGCUCACUGAUAAAGCUGUUCUAGAACUUGUUCACAUCACUAAGCUCCUCACUGCCAUGGAAAACCCAUGUGUUCCAUGUACAUUUAAUAGUGUUUAUAAUGAUAUCUCUUCAGUCGGUCUAUUCAUUAGUAGGUGUACAUAGACCCCCUGAGUCCAAAAUGUUUUGGACCUGUUGGUGCACUUGGUGACUUACCUAUGAUUAUGUGUAGGGGGUCAUUUACCCUACACUGUGUACGCCCUGCGAUCUAUACACCAUGGUGUCCUCUUCAACAUGUGUGGACUGUUUAUCAGCAUUGAAAUAGUCAUCAGACGCACAGAGAAGAAAAAGACAAUACAUGUCAUAGAGUACAUACAGUGAGGGAAAAAAGUAUUUGAUCCCCUGCUGAUUUUGUACAUUUGCCCACUGACAAAGACAUGAUCAGUCUAUCAUUUUAAUGGUAGGUUUAUUUGAACAGUGAGAGACAGAAUAACAACAACAAAAUCCAGAAAACACAUGUCAAAAAUGUUAUAAAUUGAUUUGCAUUUUAAUGAGGGAAAUAAGUAUUUGACCCCUCUGCAAAACAUGACUUAGUACUUGGUGGCAAAACCCUUGUUGGCGAUCAGAGGUCAGCCGUUUCUUGUAAUUGGCCAUCAAGUUUGCACACAUCUCAGAAGGGAUUUUGUCCCACUCCUCUUUGCAGAUCUUCUCCAAGUCAUUAAGGUUUCGAGGCUGACGUUUGGCAACUCGAACCUUCAGCUCCCUCCACAGAUUUUCUAUGGGAUUAAGGUCUGGAGACUGGCUAGGCCACUCCAGGACCUUAAUGUGCUUCUUCUUGAGCCACUCCUUUGUUGCCUUGGCCGUGUGUUUUGGGUCAUUGUUAUGCUGGAAUACCAAUCCAUGACCCAUUUUCAAUGCCCUGGCUGAGGGAAGGAUGUUCUCACCCAAGAUUUGACGGUACAUGGCCCCGUCCAUCGUCCCUUUGAUGCGGUGAAGUUGUCCUGUCCCCUUAGCAGAAAAACACCCCCAAAGCAUAAUGUUUCCACCUCCAUGUUUGACGGUGGGGAUGGUGUUCUUGGGGUCAUAGGCAGCAUUCCUCCUCCUCCAAACACGGCGAGUUGAGUUGAUGCCAAAGAGCUCGAUUUUGGUCUCAUCUGACCACAACACUUUCACCCAGUUGUCCUCUGAAUCAUUCAGAUGUUAAUUGGCAAACUGUAUAUGUGCUUUCUUGAGCAGGGGGACCUUGCGGGCGCUGCAGGAUUUCAGUCCUUCACGGCGUAGUGUGUUACCAAUUUUUAUUUUUUGGUGACUAUGGUCCCAGCUGCCUUGAGAUCAUUGACAAGAUCCUCCCGUGUAGUUCUGGGCUGAUUCCUCACCGUUCUCAUGAUCAUUGCAACUCCACGAGGUGAGAUCUUGCAUGGAGCCUCAGGCCGAGGGAGAUUGACAGUUCUGUUGUGUUUCUUCCAUUUGCGAAUAAUCGCACCAACUGUUGUCACCUUCUCACCAAGCUGCUUGGCGGUGGUCUUGUAGCCCAUUCCAGCCUUGUGUAGGUCUACGAUCUUGUCCCUGACAUCCUUGGAGAGCUCUUUGGUCUUGGCCAUGGUGGAGAGUUUGGAAUCUGAUUGAUUGAUUGCUUCUGUGGACAGGUGUCUUUUAUACAGGUAACAAACUGAGAUUAGGAGCACUCCCUUUAAGAGUGUGCUCCUAAUCUCAGCUCGUUACCUGUAUAAAAGACACCUGGGAGCCAGAAAUCUUUCUGAUUGAGAGGGGGUCAAAUACUUAUUUCCCUCAUUAAAAUGCAAAUCAAUUUAUAACAUUUUUGACAUGUGUUUUUCUGGAUUUAUUUUUUGUUAUUCUGUCUCUCACUGAUCAAAUAAACCUACCAUUAAAAUUAUAGACUAUUCAUUUCUUUGUCAGUGGGCAAACGUACAAAAACAGCAGGGGAUCAAAUACUUUUUUCCCUCACUGUACAUCCAUGAAUUUAUUCAUCUCAAAGGCAAGCCUUUCUCCUCUGACAUGAUUAUACCACUGUAAAUGGAGAAAAUGGACUGGAAUCUAUCUUGUUAGAUUUGUCACAAUCUAAUCAACUCAAAGUUCUGUUAGUCACCAGACUAUUUCAUUGAAGGAGCCUAGUUUAAAUGUAGGCCUAAAAUAUGAGGUUAUUAGCCUACAGCCUAGUGAAAAUGACAUUAAUUUUAGCUUACCUUGGACUGAAAUAUGUCAGGCAGCUUGUUGGCCGUUUUCUCUCCCCUUGCACCUAGCUAUCAGUGGAAUUUCGGAAGGUUGUGGCUGUUUUUACUUUAUGGUAACCAGCUUGUGAUGACUUUGUCACAGGGAACAUAUCCAAUUCUCCGCUAAACAAACCGACAAGCAAAUAGGCCUAGUAGCAGAGAUUCUGCACAGUGGUUGAUAAAAUCCCUGCAAAUCUGACUAGUCAAGCCUGUGCACUCACUUUUGUUAUUGUAACAUGGAACAAUGUAGCAAAUGUCAAUUUCCUCAAGCGCGUUUGUGGACACAAUGUACCAGCCACUGCAGUUUAUAUUUUGAGCCUCAGCCAGUGUCACCACAGCUAGUUUGGCGAUUGUGAUCUAGAUUCUAUGAAAUGGCAGUUUAAAGGAGUUUAAAAAAAAACCUGUGUCCGGUGUAUGCAGCUAUUCGUACAAGCUAUUUGCAAUGAGCACCCCUUCUAGGAUCUUUUCAUAUCAUCUGAGGAAUGUUUGUACCAAAUGUCAUGCUUUUAUCUGUUUCAUAACAGUUUUUCUGUAGCUCAGCUGGUAGAGCACGGCGCUUGUAACGCCAAGGUAGUGGGUUCGAUCCCCGGGACCACCCAUACACGAAAAAUGUAUGCACGCAUGACUGUAAGUCGCUUUGGAUAAAAGCGUCUGCUAAAUGGCAUAUUAUAUUAUAAAGACCUAUAUUAUGGCAGCCAUUUUGGAUUUUUGCAAUAACUCUAUUCCUGGUUAAAUUAGAACGGGCACCCCUUCUGGGAUCUUUUCAUGUCACCUGAAGAAUGUUUGUACCAAAUUUCAUGCUUUAAUCCACCACGUAAUGUUUUUUUCACUAAGGCCCUAGACUAUCUCCUCUCGCUCUCUCUCUCCCUGAUGAAGUAUACUUUUGCUCUUUAAUUUAAAUGCAUAGUAUAUGUACCUAUGGGUUUAUUCACUAUCUUCCAGGAUCAGACAGGCCAAGGUGCAGAUCCUCCCAGAGCGGAUCCUACCGGACCCCCUGACUGCAGUGCAGCUCACACCCCUGUCCCGCCUCCAAAUGCACCCCUCCUCCAGACCCCCCGUCCAGAGCUGCAAACAGGCCCAGCGCUGGUGGGCCACUUACCGCCAGGUCCGACACACGCACACAAUAUUCCUGUGGAAAUUAAGAACGGGGGGAGGGAUGGAGGGAAGGUUAAUUGUUUGUUAGGGGGAUGUUUGGAUAUUUAAGAUGCAGAGGAGAGGUGUCAGUCUUCAGGCCGAGACAUACAAAACAUGAGAUGUGUUCAAAUCAAGGCCCAACCUUAUGGAGUAUUCAUAUAAACUUGUUUUAGCUAGAACAGACAUGCUUCUCUGUCAUAUGGGAAAAGGAAACAUGUCUGCUCUAUAUACACUUGCUCCCUCCUGAAUGCGACCUGGAAUCCCAGUGUUGUUUGUGUUCCACAAUGAAGAUGUUCUCCUGCUGAGCUGUUGUUGUCAGUGUGUUUUCCUCUGUUCUCCUCAGAGGAAGUUCCACUGUGCCAACAUGACCUCAUGGCCUCCCUGGGUCUACGCCCUCUAUGACUCUGUGAGUACUGAAUACCCUGCUCAUCUUCUCUGUAGGUUAGUGUACUAACCUCUCAGGGCUAGAUAUAACUAUUGUAUGUGCACAGACAUAACAUUUCCACUGGAACUUGAUUGAGGAGAUUUAUUCCAUAAUGCGUUUCAGAGAAAUACUGUAAGUGAGUUUAGUGACUGUUAUGACACACAUCCUGUUUGUAACAUGGUUUCUUGUGUUUAUCUCCCAGGAGACUCUGAUGAAGAGAGUGAAGAGACAGCUCCAUGAGUGGGACGAGAACCUCAAGGAUGAUUCCCUCCCCACAAACGCUAUAGGUACAACUCCCUGGCCUGCCCUCUAGGCUAUGUAUACUGUGUAUAUACACUGAACAAAAAUAUAAACGCAACAUGGAACAAUUUCAAAGAUUUUAAUGAGUUACAGUUCAUAUAAGGAAAUCAGUCAAUUGGAAUAAAUUCAUUAGGCCCUAAUUUAUGGAUUUUACAUGACUGGGAAUACAGAUAUGCAUCUGUUGGUCACAGAUAUCUAUUUUUUUUAAGUAUGGGCGUGGAUCAGAAAACCAGUCAGUAUCUGGUGUGACCACCAUUUGACUCAUGCAGCGCGACACAUCUCCUUCACAUAGAGUUGAUCAGGCUGUUGAUUGUGGCAUAUGGAAUGUUGUCCCACUCCUCUUCAAUGGCUGUGCGAAGUUGCUGAAUAUUUGGCGGAAACUGGAACACGCUGUCAUACACGUCGAUCCAGAGCAUCCCUAACGUGCUCAAUGGGUGAUAUGUCUGGUGAAUAUUCAGGCCAUGGAUGAACAAGGACAUUUUCAGCUUCCAGGAAUUGUGUUCAGAUCAUUGCGGCAUGGGGCUGUGCAUUAUCAUGCUGAAACAUGAGGUGAUGCCGGAUGAAUGGCAUGACAAUGGCCUCAGGAUCUCAUCACAGUAUCUCUGCAUUCAAAUUGCCAUAGAUAAAAUGCAAUUGUGUUUGUUGUCCAUAGCUUAUGCCUGCCCAUACCAUAGCCCCACCGCCACCAUGGGGCACUCUGUUUACAACGUUGACAUCAGCAAACCACUCUCCUACACGAAGCCAUACACAUGGUCUGUGGUUGUGAAGCUGGUUGGAUGUACUGCCAAAAGCUCUGGUGGACAUACCUGCAGUCAGCAUGCCAAUUGCACGCUCCCUCAAAACUUGAGACAUUUGUGGCAUUGUGUUGCGUGACAAAACUGCACAUUUGAGAGGGGCCUUUUAUUGUCCCCAGCAGAAGGUAUACUUGUGUAAUGAUCAUGCUGUUUAAUCAGCUUCUUGAUAUGCCACACCUGUCAGGUGGAUGGAUUAUCUUGGCAAAGGAGAAAUGCUGACUAACAGGGAUGUAAACAAAUUUGGGCACAAAAUCUGUGCGAAAUAAGCUUUUUGUACAUAUGGUCAAUUUCUGGGAUCUUUUAUUUCAGCUCAUGAAACAUGUGACCAACAUAUGUAACUCUGUGUUGUUGUUUUUAUCGCACUGCUUUGCUUUAUUUUGGCCAGGUCGCAGUUGUAAAUGAGAACUUGUUCUCAACUGGCUUACCUGGUUGAAUAAAGGUUUAAACAUUUUUGUUUUUGUUUUUUUUGUUCAGUGUAUAUAUGCCACAUAAAAUCUUUAGAGUAGUACUGACAACUUCACGGAAUUCUAAUUCUGAACUGUAAUAUUCCCGCUCCCCCUCCCUCCUCCCUGUCAGAUUUCUCCUAUAGAGUGGCGGCCUGUCUGCCCAUAGACGAUGCCCUUCGGCUCCAGCUGCUGAAGAUUGGGAGUGCCAUCCAGAGGCUGCGCUGUGAGCUGGACAUCAUGGCCCGGGUGAGCACAGACACAGACGUGUGCCCACACACAGAGCCAUAAAUACACAUCACUAAACCUUACAAUUUAAAGGCCAGGCACACUGCUCAACACAUGGACCAGGCAAGGACUUGUUCAUCUUUAAGACACACAGAGCCUUAUCCACACACGGUCCGUGCUAUCAGGAAUCCUUGGGACGUCCCUACCCCAUUUGAAGUUGGAGUAAUUUAAAAUUAAGGGUUAUGGUUAAGGGUAGGGGUCAGGGUUUAGGGUAUGGACGUCCCAAGGAUACCGAAUAGCACUGACCAUCCACACACUGUCUGAUAUGUACCCCUAAACACACACCACACAUCCAUCCAGCUAUACCCUCUGACUCCCGACUGAUCUGUCUAACCUCUGACACCCUACUCCUCCCUGCUGUUCUGUGGCAAACUCCCCUGUCUCUCUACUCUAAUGCUCUAGUGUUAUAUACUGAACAAACAUAUAAAUGCAACAUGCAACAAUUUCAAGAUUUUACUGAGUUACAGUUCAUACAAGGAAAUCGGUCAAUUGAAAUAAAUUCAUUAGGCCCUGAUCUAUGGAUUUCACAUGACUGGGCAGGUGCGCAGCCAUGGUUGGGCCUGGGAGGGCAUAUGCCCACCCACUUGCGAGCCAGGCCCACCCACUGGGGAGCCAGGCCCAGCCAAUCAGAAUGAGUUUUUCCCCAUUAAAGGGCUUUAUUACAGACAGAAAUACUCCUCAGUUUCAUCAGCUGUCCGGGUGGCUGGUCUCAGACGAUCCCGCAGGUAAAGAAGCCGGCUGUGGAGGUCCUGGGCUGGCGUGGUUACACGUGGUCUGCUGUUUUUAGUCCAGUUGGACGUACUGCCAAAUUCUCUAAAACGACAUUGGAGGCGGCUUAUGGUAGAGAAAUUAACACUCAACUGGUGGAUAUUCCUGCAGUCAGCAUGCCAAUUGCAUGCUCCCUCAAAACGUGAGGCAUCUGUGGCAUUGUGUUGUGUGACAAAACUGUACAUUUUAGUGGCCUUUUAUUGUCCCCAGCACAAGGUACACCUGUGUAAUUAUCAUGCUGUUUAAUCAGCUUCUUGAUAUGCCACACGUGUCAUGGAUUAUCUUGGCAAAGGAGAAAUGCUCACUAACAGGGAUGUAAACAAAUUUUUGCACCACAUUUGAGAGAAAUAAGCUUUUUGUGCGUAUGGAACUUUUCUGGGAUCUUUUAUUUCCGCUCAUGAAACAUGGGACCAACACUUGUUUGGUUUUAUAUUUUUGUGCAGUAUAUUUAGCCGCUGCCUAUAUACUGUAUAGUGAUGAUAAUUUCCCCUCUGAGUUGGUGUGUUGGAGAUGCUGCCUUCCUUUGUGAGCUCUCCCAGGCAUUGAGAGCUGUUACAGUGCUACUUUCCUAAACCCUACCUCCAUCAUCAUCAUCAUCAUCAUCACCCCCCUCAUCUCCACUCUCACCACUGCACCCCCUGCUAUGAUUUCAUCACUCAGAGCCUGCACCACUGCUCGCUUGUCUCUCAUCGUCCCACAAAGACUCCCUUCAGAUUCAACGUAAACAGAAAAAGGUGCUCUGGCAUAUGUCUCAGGACUUAGGGCUUAAACUGCCUCCGCACUGCGUCCAUCAGCCACAGCAGGAAAACCCAGCAGAGAGGCUUAGUGUCCACCUCUGUGGGAAUUGAAAGCGGAAUUAUGUCUGGAACAUAACAGCAAUUGUCUGAAUGUAAAGACAGGAACAAGUGUACCUAAUAUCUUUCCUUUCUUCUCUCUGUUCAUUCAUAUGGAGGGAGGGAGACAAGCGGGAAGUGCAUAGAGAUGCUAUACAUAAACAAAAGGAUCAUGAGCAUAGAGACUCCCUCACACACAAAGACAUGGGUCAUGAGCAUGUAGUCCUGUUGUACUCUCCCUAUUUUUGUACUCUCAUGAUUCCAGCAAGAUCAUAGAAAUGAAAUAAGAAUGGUCUAAGAUUAGAACAGCAGAAUCUCUAUGGGCAUGACCAUUAGGAGAGGAUGGAUGUGUGUGUCAGUAUGGAUAGAUGUGAGGUAAUUCUCUAGCUUCAUUAUUGUAGCUGGUUUUCUUUCCUCUGAUUAAAGAUAAUAUGCACUCCCAUGCUGCUGCCUGGUGAAAGAGGGUUAUAAAGAGGAACACCUGGCCCUUCUGAGGUGGCCCAUGACAGGUUUUUCCAAAACCUCCUAGCACAGGCAAUUUUGCUACUGCUACAGAAGUCUGGUGGAUUGAACAUGAAGUCACAUUUGUUGUCUUUUUUCCCCACAGUGCACUUCGCUGUGUUGCAAGCAGUGCCAAGAUAUGGAGAUCACCACCAAGAAUGAGAUCUUCAGGUGAGGGAGAGAUGCACCUAGACUCUCUGAAUAGUGUCUGUCGAGUAGUCUUAACACUGGUUGUCAGAGUAAGCUGGUAGUGUGUGUGAUGAGUGUUGCGAAACACAGGAGACAUUGAUUGUGUAUGUGUGCCAUUCAGAGGGUGAUUUAAGUGCCUUUGAACGGGGUAUGAUAGUAGGUGCCAGGCGCACUGGUUUGAGUGUGUCAAGAACUGCAACGCUGCUGGGUUUUUCACGCUCAACAGUUUCCCGUGUGUAUCAAGAAUGGUCCACCACCCAAAGGACAUCCAACCAACUUGACACAAAUGUGUGAAGCAUUGGGGUCAACAUGGGCCAGCAUCCCUGUGGAAUGCUUUCAACACCUUGUAGAGUCCAUGCCCUGACAAAUUGAAGCUGUUCUGAGGUCAAAAGGGAGGGUGAAACUCAAUAUUAGGAAGGUGUUCCGAAUGUUUGGUAUACUCAGUGUACAUAGCUGAUGACUGAUGUGUUUAAUACAGUACACGUUUCAAACACACUAUAUGAAUGAUGCUGCAGGUGCAUUUGUACUCUGCUCAAAUGAGAGCGAUGAAGGAAAGAUUAAAGCAGAAGUUGUCUCUUGUUUGACAUUCAUCUAGUUACGUUUCAUAAUCAUCUCUCUGGCUACUGUCCCAUUUAGUUGGUCUAAACUGUCUGACCUGUACCUUACCUUACCACAGCAUUAGCCACCUGGCCUGGGUUAUUGUAGUGUGUUUGUAUACUUUUAGAAUAUUUGUAGAUUCUAUACUUUAAAUUUUUUGCAUGUAAUUUUGUACAGUCAAUUUAGCUGCUAUUUGUACAAUUUGGUUUAGACAAUAAGAAAAGUUAUCUCUACCAUGUCUCCUCUCUCGCUCCUCCCCCUCCCUCUCUCUCUCUCCCUCCCUCUCUCCUCCUGCAGCCUGUCUCUGUACGGCCCCAUGGCAGCCUAUGUCAACCCACACGGCUACGUCCAUGAGACCCUGACCGUCUACAAAGCCAGCAACCUCAACCUGGUCGGAAGGCCGUCCACGCUCCACAGCUGGUUUCCAGGGUAAUGCCUCUCUAUACAUGACACGCACAUAUACAUUCCCUCGCUUUCACACACUGAUGUACACUGACCCAUUCCCCACACUAUACAAUCUCACCCACAGCCUUACACUCAAAUUAUAUUCUCAAGUGACAGACAUCUACUCUAUAUACACAGACUCACAGAUGUAAACAGACAGGUAACUGCCAAAAUAAAGGAAACUCCGACAUACAUUGUCUUAAUAGGGUGUUGGGCCACCACGAGCCGCCAGAACAGCUUCAAUGUGUCUUGGCAUAGAUUCUACAGGUGUCUGGAACUCUAUUGAAGGGAUGCGACAUCAGUCUUCCACAUCGUUUUGUGGAUGUUGGUGGAAAACGCUGUCACAGGCACCGCUCCAGAAUCUCCCAUAAGUGUUCAAUUGGGUUGAGAUCUGGUGACUGAGACAGCCAUGGAAUAUGGUUUACAUUGUUUUCAUGCUCAUCAAACCAUUCAGUGACCACUCGUGUCCUGUGGAGGGGGAGGCAUUGUCAUCCUGGAAGAGACCACUCCCAUCAGGAUAGAAAUGAUUCACCAUAGGUUGAAGGUGAUCACUCAGAAUGGCUGUUUAUUUAUUGACUUUUACCUUGCUCAAGGGGUUUAGUGGACCUAAACCAUGCCAGGAAAAUGCACCCCACACCAUAACAGCUCAAACAACUCAAGUGUUUCCUUUAUUUUGGCAGUUACAUGUACAUUGCACUAUAAAAUAUAGUCUCAUUAUUAGCACCUCUCACAUUACCCAGGUUGUGUGAUCUUGGACACAUUAGAGGGGGACUGAACUCACUGAUUUAGGAAAUGCGACUGAGAACGAGAUUUGGGUCUUAGAGGUGUGUGUUCACACAUGGAAAGCGGUUUGUACAUUCACUCUGCCAAAACACUACAUUUACAGUCACUCAUUUACAUUUAAGGCACUACUUUAGCAGACACUCUUAUCCAGUGCAUACAUUUUUGUACUGGUCCCCCGUGGGAAUCGAACCCACAACCCUGGCGUUGCAAGCGUAAUGCUCUACCAACUGAGCCACUCACCCUUCUACAUAACUUGAAACAGUCUAACCAGGUCUUGUGUCUGGAAGUAGCCUAGGCUAACCAACUUUCGCCAAUUAGUUUCAGCCGGCUGGUGUGCGACCGCCGCAAAAGUUGUUUGACAUUGGAUAGCCGAUCUCUGUGGGGCUAGUUGGGGACGUCAAUAAAUUACACAAUGUAAAUGGGACAAUAUUUCCAUGUUGCACACCUUUUAGUUUUCUCAUUCAAUGCUUUUUGUAUUUGAAUUUCUACAAUUUAUAGUUGGUUUUAGGUCUUUAAGUCAUUGAAAUUUGGAGCUAUUGAAAUGUUUUAACAUUUUCCCAUGUACCUUGUGUAAUUUACUGAUGGUCCCUAACCAGCCCCAUAGGGAUAUCCAAAGUGAAACCAGAUGUACCACGGCCUGUGUGUGUUCUGCACCCAUGUGUUUGUUUAGUGGGCAUUACGAUCGGGUCGUGUGCCGCUGCACUUCGAAUUCAGUGCUAAAUUGUUGCCACCGCUGCAAAAAAGUAUGUAAAGCAUGUAAUCAUUUAAAAAAGUCAUGUUUUUGUAAAUAUACAUUUCUGCCGAGACGCAAUAGCCGUGGGCUCAAUGACUGGAAGCCUAUGGGAACAGGUAGAAGUAGCAAUGCACCCUUUGCGCUAACUUUGCCUCCACGCACUGCUGAAAAACAUCCUUGGGCAUACACUGGAUUUUAUGAUUACUUGGGUGCUGCCAGCUGUGGGCAUGUGGGCAGGAUUGAAAUAAACCGAACCCAAGGAAAGCUUACAUCUCACAAAUCCUUACAUCUCGCAAAUCUCAGUUUUGGACGAUACUCACUUUAUGACCAAAAUGAUCCUAUUUACAUUUUGUAGUCAAUUUUGACUCUAGAAUAUAUGUUUCUGACUCAUAUGAUGCCACAGGCCGUUUUCAACCAGAGAAGUUGGUUUUUUGGUUCAUUUGCGCUUUAAUACCCUAUUUGGCCUAGGAAUAAUAUAACUGCCAAAGACUUGAAACGAAAGCGUCUGGCCCUUUUGUGUACUGUCAUUUUUGGGAUCGUUUGUCAUUUUUGGUAUAAUAAUAAUUAAUAAUUGGUCAUUUAGCAGACGCUCUUAUCCAAAGCGACUUACAGGAGCAAUUAGGGUUAAGUGCCUUGCUCAAGGGCACAUCGACAGAUUUUUCACCUAGUCGGCUCGGGGAUUAGAAACAGCGACCUUUCGGUUACUGGCACAACGCUCUUAACCACUAAGCUACCUGCUGCCAAAAAGUGUUUCCCCUGUGGGGGGAUACCUUACACGUACAGCAGCUGUGUGUGUGGGCGCCUGUGUGCAUAACAUCAGGCUUGACCGAGGUAUUGACAUAGAGCCUGAACUAUUUGGAGAGAAGUGUGUGUGCUCCACUUGGUUCUCAGUGGUUCUGUAACGUAAGACCCCUUCAACCAACGCCACUCCUCAGUGCUCCUCAUAAACGGCCCCCAGUAUGCAUUUUCUGCCUGAGAUAAGGCAAUUGUGCCGGUGUUAGCCUUCUGUGGUAGCUUCCUGUAAUAAUAAUGACAGUAAAAACGGCCUCCAUUUAUUCUCCCCUAGGGCUGGCUCUGGUCAAGCUGAGUCUUAUUCAAGUCCUCUCAGAGGGGAGGUAUGGAGGGGAGGGGGAAGAAAGGGCUUCUGCUCCACUCAACCUCUCUGUGCCGCACUGCUCUUCUGGUGAAGGGUGCUAUUACAGCCUUAGCGUAAGGUGUUCUGAGAAGACAUGUUGUGGAAAGAGCAACAGACACACAAGAUGGCAGUUUAGGCUGUCUACUGGCGUUUGUCAUCUCUCGAUUUUAAUUGCCAGUGCUGCUGGGUGGUACUUGUCAUGCAGCCAGUUCAAAUGGUAUGCUGUUGCCAGGAAGAGAACGCUGGGAAGCAUCUUAAUUAAACAGGUGUCAGAUGGGAGAGAGGCUGGAGGGGAGUGGUUUGUCUGUGUGCCUUGCUUCCAUCUCCCGCCGCCGUUCCCACGUGAAAGCCAACAAAGGCUUUGGUCUGAGGAGGCAAUAAGGCUGGAGCAAAUGGAGAGGAGAUGAGUGCAUUGUAUUGAUUAGACACAGUCUGUGUUCUUUCUCAGUGUAAUAUCUGGGAAGGAGAGCCUCAGAGAGCCCUUUAUUAGCUGAUGAUUAGAGCAAUGCUAUCUGGUAUUCCAUAUACAGUGCCUUGCAAAAGUAUUCAUCCCCCUUGGCGUUUUUCCUAUUUUGUUGCAUUACAACCUGUAAUUUAAAUUGAUUUUUAUUUGGAUUUCAUGUAAUGGACAUACACAAAAUAGUCCAAAUUGGUGAAGUGAAAUGGAAAAAAACUUGUUUCAAAAAAAUUUAUAACGGAAAAGUGGUGCGUGCAUAUGUAUUCACCCCCUUUGCUAUGAAGCCCCUAAAUAAGAUCUGGUGCAACCAAUUAAUACCUUCAGAAGUCACAUAAUUUGUUAGAUUGCACACAGGUGGACUUUAUUUAAGUGUCACAUGAUCUGUCACAUGAUCUCAGUAUAUAUACACCUGUUCUGAAAGGCCCCAGAGUCUGCAACACCACUAAGCAAGGGGCACCACCAAGCAAGCAGCACCAUGAAGACCAAGGAGCUCUCCAAACAGGUCAGGGACAAAGUUGUGGAGAAGUACAGAUUAGGGUUGGGUUAUAAAAAAAUAUCAAACUUUGAACAUCCCACGGAGCACCAUUUAAAUCCAUUAUAAAAAAUUGAACGAAUAUGGCACCACAACAAACCUGCCAAGAGAGGGCUGCCCACCAACACUCACGGACCAGGCAAGGAGGGCAUUAAUCAGAGAGGCAGCAAAGAGACCAAAGAUAACCCUGAAGGAGCUGCACAGCUCCACAGCGGAGAUUGGAGUAUCUGUCCAUAGGACCACUUUAAGCCAUACACUCCACAGAGCUGGGCUAUAUGGAAGAGUGGCCAGAAAAAAGCCAUUGCUUAAAGAAAAAAAGAAGCAAACACGUUUGGUGUUCACCAAAGGGCAUGUGGGAGACUCCCCAAAUAUAUGGAAGAAGGUACUCUGGUCAGAUGAGACUAAAAUUGAGCUUUUUGGCCAUCAAGGAAAACGCUAUGUCUGGCGGAAACCCAACACCUCUCUUCACCCGGAGAACACCAUCCCCACAGUGAAGCAUGGUUGUGGCAGCAUCAUGCUGUGGGGAAGUUUUACAUCGGCAGGGACUGGGAAACUGGCUCUACAAAGUAUUGACUUUGGGGGGGGUGAAUAGUUAUGCACGCUCAAGUUUUAUGUUUUGUCUUAUUUCUUGUUUGUUUCACAAUAAAACAUAUUUAGCAACUUCAAAGUCUGGGAAACUGGUCAGAAUUGAAGGAAUGAUGGAUGGCGCUAAAUAGAGGGAAAUUCUUGAGGGAAACCUGUUUCAGUCUUCCAGAGAUUUGAGACUGGGACGGAGGUUCACCAUCCAGCAGGACAAUGACCCUAAGCAUACUGCUAAAGCAACACUUGAGUGGUUUAAGGGGAAACAUUUAAAUGUCUUGGAAUGGCCUAGUCAAAGCCCAGACCUCAAUCCAAUUGAGAAUCUGUGGUAUGACUUAAAGAUUGCUGUACGCCAGCGGAACCCAUCCAACUUGAAGGAGCUGGAGCAGUUUUGCCUUGAAGAAUGGUCAAAAUUCCCAGUGGCUAGAUGUGCCAAGCUUAUAGAGACAUACCCCAAGAGACUUGCAGCUGUAAUUGCUGCAAAAGCUGGCUCUACAAAGUAUUGACUUUGGGGGGGGUGAAUAGUUAUGCACGCUCAAGUUUAAUUUUUUGUCUUGUUUGUUUCACAAUAAAACAUAUUUAGCAACUUCAAAGUGGUAGGCAUGUUGUGUAAAUCAAAUGAUACAAACCCCCCAAAAAUCAAUUUUAAUUCCAGGUUGUAAGGCAACAAAAUAGGAAAAAUGCCAAGGGGGGUGAAUACUUUCGCAAGCCACUGUAUGUUGAGGGGGAUUUGAAAGACAACCAACUAGGGUAUUCGUUCUGUGUCAGGUGCCUUAUAACAACAAUAAGAAGAAAUGUGGCAUGCAGCACAAAUGCAUGAGGACUGAUAUGUUCUUUCUGUUUUUCCUCGCUCUCUCUCCCUUACCCCUCUCUCAGGUAUGCCUGGACGAUCGCUCAGUGUCGUACCUGUGCAUCACACAUGGGCUGGAAGUUCACAGCCACCAAGAAAGACUUGUCCCCUCCUCGUUUCUGGGGCUUGACCCGCUCGGCCAUGCUACCCCGCAUCCCCCAGACUGAGGGUGAGGAGGGGGACGAGGGCUCCCGCCUACUCUGCCUGUGACAACAUGGGGACCUCCCCUCCCCACCCCCCAUGUCCCCAACGGGUCUUCGAUCGCCCCACCCUGUCCAUUGGGUCUCUCUUUUAUUAAUCGAUGCAUCCCGCCCACCCCCGACAGCCAUGGCAGCACAUUCAUCAUAUUAGUGUAAAGGUCAUCCUGCUUUUAAAUGGCACUUUCUAACACAGAGAGAGGGGGGGGGGAGCGAGAGAGAGCGAGCGAGGAGGAGGUAGGAGGGGUGUUUUGUUCCUGAGUGCAGGGACACUGGUGAUGGAAUGCGUUGCACAUCGACAGAUAGAUGUGGGGAAUGGAGCAAGAGAUUAAUUCUGCAACACAGGCAUAUCUUCCCCAUAGCAUGCUACUCUUGACCUGUCUGUACUGCUGUCUGUACUGUGGUCUGUCUAUCCAGCUUCUAUGCUAUCUGCCACAGACACGGCACGCACCAGUGCAUUGCCACUUGCUCUUAAACAUAGUGGGUGUGACUUUGCAUGCAGUAUCCAGCUAGGUGUGUAUAGGUUUAUAGACACCCAUCAAGAGGACCUGUAGUCCCCAUAAUCUAUCUCUAAACAAAUCAAUCAAUAGAAAGCCACUUGGGAUUCAGGUCCACUGUUUGUCCUUGAUGUGUUUCUCAGAGGAGCUCAAUUCAGCUGGAUCGUUUCAUGGAGAGUUAAACCAUGUAAAAUCCACGAUUAGAGGGUGUACGAACAUGUGAAAGUAUGCUGCUUUUACAAGGAUGUUUCAUGCCUUUGUUUCAAAUGCCAGAUGUUUUGAUCAAUCGAUCAUAUGCAAGGAAUGCAUAUAAUGGAGGAAUUUGGAUCAUGAAGAAUGUAAGGAAGCUAUUGCUUUAUUUUGCCAUGCGUGGAAAUAUAUUCUUUGUUUGGUUUUCAUAUUUUCACAUUGUCUAAAAACGUACAGUGUGUAUAUAUAAUACACAUGUAGAGAUACUGGUUUCUAUUUUGAAACGGAUGGAGGCCCAUUGAACUGCAAGACAUGGUUCCUCUGAAGACAAGGAGUACCUCUGGUCAGUGAAGAGUAGAGUUGGUUUGGUGCCUGGUGUAAUAUAGACUUGGAUAGCAGGGCACAAGGCAGUGGAGCCAGAGCUACUAGAAUCUCAGUCUUUCUCCAUGGUUCUAUAUGUGUUGUUGAUGCUGCACUAAGGGCAUGGCUGAAUGGCGUGCCUAUGGUCCAAAUCAAUGUCUUAUGAGCCACACAAUUAAAUGGGACAUUGUGUUAAUUAACCUGUAUUGGUUGAAAAUGGCAACAUCAUAUCAAGUGUUACCUACAUAACUAUAUUUUUGUUUAGAUCUAUGUAUUUGUUUUAAAUUAAGAAUUGUAUUCCUUGCUGAUGUACAAGGUUAUUUUGGCUCAUGUUUGUUAAACAUUUUAGAGUAAGUAACCAAUAAAAGUCAAUGAUAGCAUUUCUGGUCUGAUAUAACUAAUGUAUCUAUGUAGAACCUCAACACUCUUGCCCCUCCCAUUGCCAUGUAUUUCCAUUUUAGAACAAUGUAAAACAUGAUUGAUUUGUUCAGCUCAAUUAUCAACAAUUGAGUAAAGUAAUUCUACGCAAUAAGAAAUGUUCUACAAUACGAUUGAGAUUGUCUUUUGUUUAUAUGUGAUGUCCCAGUUGGUAACCUUAAAGGUCCAAUGCAG